AUGCCUGACUUUAGGCUCUCCGCAACUUUGGAGGGCCACGGCGAUGAUGUUCGCGCCGUGGUUUUCCCAAACCCCAAUGUCAUUCUUUCCGCCUCCCGUGAUGCCACAGUCCGACUAUGGAAGCUCGUAUCGAGCCCGCCUCCCGCAUACGACUACACGAUUGCCGCCCACGGCGGCGCCUUCAUCAACAGUUUAGCAUAUGUUCCGCCCACACCGGAGUUCCCUGAGGGACUUGUUCUCUCUGCGGGACAAGAUGCAAUCAUCGAGGCCAGACAGCCCGGUAAAGGUGCGGCAGACAAUGCGGACGCGAUGCUUUUGGGACACGGUCAUAAUGUUUGUGCUUUGGACGUGUCGCCCAACGGUGGGUAUGUUGUCAGCGGUAGCUGGGACUCAACCGCACGUUUAUGGAAGGUCGGCAAGUGGGAGUGUGACGUUGUUCUGGACGGACAUGAAGCAAGCGUGUGGGCCGUAUUGGCCUACGACGAGAGCACCAUUAUCACAGGCUGCGCUGAUAAAAUGAUCCGGAUGUACAAUACUUCUGGACAACUCCUUGGAAGCGUUCAAAAUUCCGACGACGUCGUUCGUGCCCUGUGCAAGCUUCCUGCGUCACAUCCCUCCGGAGCCCACUUUGCCUCGGCCAGCAACGAUGGAAUUAUUCGUCUUUACACACUGCAGGGCAAAUUGGUUGCGUCUCUUCAUGGCCAUGAGAGCUUUAUCUACUCGCUUGCAGCGCUCCCCACCGGUGAGCUCGUAAGCUCCAGUGAAGAUCGCACUGUGAAGGUUUGGAACGGCACUGACUGUGUACAAACUAUUACCCACCCUGCCAUCUCAGUUUGGAGCGUUGCAGUCUGCAACGAGACUGGGGACAUCGUCACUGGUGCUAGUGAUCGCAUUACCCGUGUAUUCACCAGAAGCCCAGAUCGCCAAGCAGCCCCAGAGGCUGUGCAGCAAUUCGACCAAGCCGUCAAAGAGUCAGCCAUUCCAGAGCAGCAAAUCGGAAAGAUUAAUAAAGAGGAGCUACCUGGUCCAGAAUUUAUACAACAAAAGUCAGGAACCAAGGAGGGUCAGGUCCAGAUGAUUCGCGAAGCCGAUGGCAGUGUUACUGCUCAUACAUGGUCAUCGGCCACCCAGGAGUGGAUCGCCGUUGGCACAGUGGUGGACUCUGGUGGAAGCAGUGGUCGCAAGACCGAGUACGCUGGUCAGGAUUACGACUACGUCUUUGAUGUUGACAUCGAGGACGGCAAACCUCCCUUGAAGCUCCCUUACAACGCCUCGCAGAACCCAUACGAAGCUGCGACCAAAUUCAUCGGUGACAACGAACUUCCUAUGACAUAUCUUGAUCAAGUUGCGAACUUCAUUACUCAGAACACCCAGGGUGCUACCAUAGGGCAAUCCUCACAGGAACCCGCUGGAGCUGAUCCUUGGGGCUCAGACCGACGCUACCGUCCUGGAGAUGGUUCGACUGCUGAACAGCCCCAACAACCGCCCGCCCCUGAACCACGAGUCAAUGUCCUUCCUCAAAAGAUUUACCUCUCGAUCCGCUCAGCAAAUCUGAAAGUUAUCACCAAAAAACUUCAGGAAUUGAACGCGAAACUUGUGUCCGACGGUUCCAAGGAACUUGCUUUGAGCCCCGCGGAAAUGGAAACGGUUGUCGCCUUGUGCGGUCAAUUAGAAUCGACCCAGCAGCUAAAAGACUCACCAGAGGUCGAGGCCGGGGUACCUUUGAUUUUGAAGGUCGCCACAACAUGGCCAGCAGCCAACCGAAUUCCUGGAUUGGAUAUUCUUCGUUUAUUAGCCGGUGCUUCAUCAUUCACAGCCAAGGCCGAGUACGACGACAAGAAUGUUGUGUCGGGUGUAAUCUCCAGCGGUGUAUUCGACUCUCCCCUAAACGUCAACAAUGCAAUGCUCGCAAUGCGAACGUUCGCAAACCUUUUUGAAACAGUCGAUGGCCGCGACCUCGCCAUUCGAUCCUUCGACCAGAUCCUCGCUGGAGUGAAGUCUGCCCUAGCCAACAGUGGUGCUUCCCCUAACCGCAACCUCGAGAUCGCCAUCACAACGCUUUACAUUAAUUUCACUGUCUACCUGACUUCAGAGGAUAGGGGUCAAACUCCCGAAUCUUCGGAGCGGGGGCUAGUGCUGCUCGAGGAAUUGGCUCGGGUUGUUGCCGCGGAGAAGGACUCAGAGGCAGUUUACCGUGCUCUCGUUGCAUUGGGCACACUGGUCACUGGCCUCGGCGAGGAAGUCAAGAGUGCAGCUAAAGAGGUUUAUGAGAUCCAGAGCGUGCUUGCCAGGGUUUCGGCAUCCGGUCCUGGAAAGGAGCCUCGUAUCAAGGGUGUUAUCGGGGAGAUCAUGAACGUUCUUUAA